GCAACCUGUUCCUCUCUGGAUUUCACAGGUGCCUGAACUCUUUACCUGCCUGGGACUAAGUGCAGCAUCACAAUGGAUUUGAAAGGAUGUGCAGCAGCAGCAGCAGCGCUAGUGUUUCUUGGUCUGAUGGCCAUGCCAGUCCAAAGUGCCUCUUCUAAUGUAUCUUGUAAUAUCUUGAAUGAAACUUUGAGUAAUAAAACCAACAACUUUACAAUACAAGUCAACCCAGACAAGAAUUUUUUGGUAAAUCGUACAUACACAGUUACAGUAACAUUGUCUGGGAACGGAAAUGUAACAGUGAUCCUUCAAGCUCAUUUGCCAUCAAAUACUUCAGGCAGUGCGGUUGGGACGUGGUCAACAACAAAUGAAAGCUGUAAUGGGAGCCCCUUAUUUCUGAAUCUCACUGAAAAUGGAUCAGUUUCUGCAAACUGGACAGCACCAGAUACUGUGCAAUCUGUUGGGAUAUAUGCUUAUAUCAAGGAGGGAAAUGAUAUAUUCCGAGUAGAAGCUAUAUUAGUUGUUGCUGCACCUCCCAACACAACAAAAGUACCAGACACGACUACACCAAAACCAGCCACAACAGUUUCACAGAUAACAUCUACCAGUGUGAAAACUACAAGUGCAAGUUCAGUGAUCCACCCCAGCUCCCUAUUAAUGGCACUGACCGAGACAAUAGGCCUCUUUCUCAUCACCAGCAAACUCCUUUCAUAAUCAAGCAUGGACAAAAUUAAAGCUGUAUCUAUGUAUUUUUAAAGGCUUCUUUUCAAUAUUUUGUAUUUAAAAAGGCACCAGUAAUGAAUAUUUGCAGAGGUCCUCAAAACCAGGAAGCCAACUCCUAGCCUUAAUAUGUCACAGUGCUGGGACCUGGUUUAGACAUUAACAUAUUUUAAACCAAUGAUAUAUAUGAUCAUACUCAUCACAGUAAUUGUUCACUAGACCAUUUGUAAUUUCAAAAUUCAUUCUGUCAUUCAUUCAUUGACGCAUUACGAUUUAAACACUGCCUCUCAUCAUUGCUUUUUUUUAAGGCUAAAUAUAAUGUAUUCUGUUUCUGGAACCAUAAUGUAUACAGUAGGUACCUACUGCACUAUACUGGAACCAGGUUUUGUGGUCAUUAGGGGGAAGACUGAAAAUGUGAUUUCAGGCAUGAUUACUAAAAGACCACUAAAAAAAUCACUGCCUGACUAAAUAAAUGUAACUGUUUCUUCUUUUGUUGCUAAUAAAAUACAUUUCCAAAUUUAAAAGCUUAUGCAUUUAUAUUUAACACAAUUUUAUGAGUGUGUCAACUGGUAAACUGUCUUUAAGACAAAAAUGCCACCAAUUAAUAAAUAAUUUAAAUUGUCAAAAUUUAAGGGAUUUUGGGAACUGUAGCUCACGCCAACCCAUGCAGUGUAGAUUUCUGUCAUAAAAUGUUCCUUCCUAUAAUUAAAGGAGAAGGAAAGUUACAAUUCAAGUGGGGUGCCAAAUGUUAGGGCUGUUGCAGUUCUUUGAAAAUUGUAGUACCAGCCCGGGGUAUCAGGUAAUUCAUUAAAAUCACUGGAUGUGUCCAAACAUUUGGCACCCCCCUUGAAUUGGAAGUUGUAUUAUCCUUUAAGUGUGAAUGGUUUACCUUCUGCACUGUUUGGAUAUGAAUGUUUUGGAUAUUAUGUGGCAUAUUAACUAUAUUUAUGGAUAUGAAGAAAAUGACGGUACUUGCAUUUCCCUUCAUAACAAGGACUCCAAGUGCAUCCGAGGGAUGGAACAACCAAUGUUUGUGAAGAGUAUAUAAUAAGAAACAAAAUGUCAUGCCAUAAAUAGGAAUUGUAUUUUGUACUUUGUUAUAUAUGUAUUAAUUAAUAAAGUCUGUAUAAAUCAA